UUGAAAAAGCAUUGAUUGAGGAUGGAGACAGAGUAAAAAGGCAACAAGAAAGAGAGAGCGAAUGAAAGAGCGAAGGUGAAAGAAGGAGAGAGAAAAGGAUUAAAAGAAAAAGAGAGAGAAGAGAAAAAGAGAGAGGAGAGAAAGCGAGAAAGGAGAGUGAGAGGAAAUGAGAAGUAGUGAAACCGCUAAUCUUCCGCCUACGCAUGCGCAAAUACUUUAGAAGUUGCAGGCGGUUUUUACCUCCUUGUACUGGCAGAAGUUGAAUGAGGGAGUGUAUUUUAUUUGAUAAAAUAGAGAGAACCGUUGCUGCUGCUCCCUUUAGUGGCUGCUUACACGGGAGGUAGGUAGCUGCGGCUACUAACAACAGUAACACAUAUCCAUCGUCAAAACUGCUGGUAGAAACCCCCAACAGUUUUACAGAAGCGGAGAGAGAGAGACAGACAUUACCGGUUUUGUUUUACCCUCUCAAGAACCUCCAAGUUUCUUCUCUACAUCAGACGGGAAAUAUAGUAAAACUAAAAAAAAACAAACAAGCAACCAAAUAUAUAUAUAUACAUAAAUGUAUAUAUAAUUAUUUUUAUAGAAGAUUAUAAAAUAUAUAUAUUCAAUAACACAUCUUAAGACAUAGCCAACAUGUCGAGAUGACCAUAGUCCAUUUAGUUUUGACAGGUAUAUCUAUCAUCACCCUAUGUGGAUGGUGUUUUGUAUGGUUCAUCCAUUUGUGCGCUCUUAUAUACGGCAAAUGGCGACUACAUCGGCCCAAUGAACCACCAUCACCUGAAGACCUACAGGGUGUGUCCAUAAUUAAACCCUUAACUGGAGUUGAUCCUCAUCUUUACAGUAAUUUAGAAACAUUUUUCAAUUUGAAUUAUCCUCUUUAUGAACUUUUAUUUUGUGUUCAAAAUGAACAAGAUCCAGCCAUUUUUAUUGUUCAAAGCCUCAUUGCAAAAUAUCCAAAUGCUGAUAGCAGACUUUUUAUAUGUUCCAAAAAUGUGGGUCCAAACGGGAAGAUCAACAAUAUGGUGGCUGCCUAUGACAAUGCCAAGUACAAUCUUAUCGCUAUCAAUGACAGCGGUAUGAGAAUGUCUCCUGAAACCUUACUUGAUAUGGUGAGUGCUCUCACUCCCAAAGUUGGUUUAGUACAUCAGAUGCCCUAUUGCUGUAAUCGGAAAGGGUUUGCGUCUGCUUACGAAAAGGUGUUCUUUGGAACACAGCAAUCACGAUGUUAUUUAAGUGCCAAUUUUGUUGGUAUUAACUGUACCACUGGAAUGUCAUGUUUGAUGAGAAAGGAGCUUCUUGAUCAAGCAGGUGGUAUGUCAGCUUUUGGCAAAUACCUUGCUGAGGAUUACUUUUUUGCUGAAGCUAUUCGAGAAAAAGGCUAUCAAACUGUUAUCUGCAGUGAACCUGGUAUGCAAAAUUGUGGAACAUAUUCUAUUGGAGAAUUUCAUAAACGUUUAAUCAGGUGGUCUCAGUUGCGGACUUCUAUGAUCCCAAUGUUCAUCAUUUUUGAACCCCUGUCAGAAUGUAUGAUGUUAGGCGUACUAGCUUCUCUAGCUGUUGAGUACAUGUUUGACAUUAGUCCUCUGGCCUUUUUCCUUUUACAUGUUUUAGUUUGGUUUCUUCUGGAUUAUAUACUCAUGCAGAUUGUUGAAAAUGGCUCCUUACCGAUGUCAAAGUUUGAAUUCCUUGUCUGCUGGCUUUUACGAGAAGUUAUGACAUUGUAUCUAACAAUUCAAAGUCACCGAGAUUGGACAAUUGUGUGGAGGAAUCGAAAAUACCGAGUACGCUGGGGUGGAAUUGCUGAAGAAAUUGUAUAGCAAUGGGGGGAUGCAAGUGUGUGUAUGUAUGUAUGUAUGUAUGUAUGUAUGUGUGUGUGUGUGUGUGUGUGUGUGUGUGUGUAUCUAGGUAUGGGUGUGCGUAUAUGGUUUCUUAAAUAAUGUUGUUUGAGGAUUUGUGAUAGUAAUUGGUGAUAGUGUCACCAGCAGUUUAUGUUUAGUUAAUGACUUUUGUUUUCUACUUUCUAACUCCCGCUAAUUGUACCCCUCCCUGUUCUACUCCCCUAUCCUCCACCCACAAAGACUCCUCUUUCUGGUUGUUGGAACAGUUGAGGGCUGAAGUGGGAUGGUUUUUUUUGGGGGUUUUUUUUCCUUUUGGGUAUGUUGGUUUUCUUCUGGUGCUUGUGUUAAAUACUUGAUAAAUCUCUCAACUAUUCUUGAAGCAGAUAUCACUAGUUAUAAAUCAUUUUUAUGUAAACUUGUUGAAUGACAUUUUUCGAGUGAAUACAAAAAAUGAAAAAUUGUAGUAUAGUGAGAAAUGUCAAAUAUAAGCAGCUGUUACGUCAAUCCUAAGAUAUAUAUAUAUAUAUUUAUGAUGAUCAUAUUGGUAUUUUUAUUGAUCAUAUUGGAUCAACUAGGCUAGAUCAAGUUCUUUGUGUUGAUUAAUAACAUUCUUUGAACUUUCAAGUAACUGUUGUAUUCAGGUUUUCUAUAGAUUCUAACUCUGUAAGAAUAUAUUUUUUUAAGUUUCAACAUCUCCUAUUUUCCUCAACAGUUGGGAGGAAUAAAUUUUAUUUAAUGCUUUACAAGACCUAAAGACUGAAAAGAAUUUGACUUCUCAGUGAAAAGAAAAUGUUCCAAAUAUAAUGUUAGCUCUCUUGAAAAUCUUCAUUAUACAUGUAGGUACAAAACAAGUUGUUCACUUGUGACCUUUUGGUAUAGUGUAGUAAUAAUUUCAAUUGAUCUGUUGAUGAAAUGUGUUCUUUGCCAACAUUAUUUCUGAUGUUGAAACAAAAAUCAAACCCACCUUUUUAUUACUUACAUGUCUAGUUAAGUAUUCUUGUAAUUGUUUUGUGAGCCAGAUAACUUUGUGCUAUGUAUAUAGAGAUGAUAUCAAUUUGGGGAUUUUCUUAAUAUACGGUGUAAUUUUUUGUGAGAGUGAACUGUUAAUAUAUUAGUUUAAAAAAAGAAAGUGUAGCUGAGAAUGCUUGCAUUUAGUUCUACCAUGUAUUUUCUGUUGUCUCAAUGAAAACCACCUUAGUACUGUCGGGUUUAGAUUUAUUAAGAUACCUUGUAUCCACUAUUCCACAUAAUACUAUAAUAUAAUAAAUAAAUAUCAGAUAUAAUGUUACACAAUUGGUGUAUCUGUUUCAACUGAAUUGACUGAUGUGAAUUAUUAACCAGAUAUAACUGCUUCAAACAUAAUUAAUCCAUAUAAAUUCUAAAUACCGAUAUUUUACACCAUUUUGGAGUUAGUUCCACUGAAUUGCUCACUUACUUCAUUUCAAUGAUUUCUCAAAGAAUUCUAGUGAAAUGUUUGAGGUUUGGUGUUGAGAUCUUCCUGACUGCCAACAAAUCUUUUUUUUUUUUUUCAUCAGUAGCUUCAUUGUGGCAUGCCUUAGAAAGAAAUCUUUCCGGUCUAGAAUGGCCAUUCUGUUCCUUGUAGAUUUGUCAUCAUUCUAACUCUAUUCUUUCUCUUUAUUAGUAAAUUUUUCAAACUUUUUAACAUAUUUUACACUUACACCAUAUACCAUUUUCCUUUCUUUCCAAACACAAGUGUUACCCACUUGCAAUCUUAACAGCUUCUGAUUAACCUUUUAAUACUUGAUAUUGAUAGAUUUCUGACAGAAGCGUGGUUUGAGGACAACUGAAAAAUCAUUUAGCAUCACUAAAUACUAUUUCAUUUUUACUUUUAGAAAACACUUGAAUCACUUUCUUUGCUCAUGUACAGUUAGUUCACAGUUAAAAAAGAACCCGUACUAUUAAAACUGCACCUAAAAAAGAGUGGACUCUUUUAAAUGAUGAAUAAUACUUUUUAGUUCUGAACAAUUGCUGUCACUUGAUAUGUCUCACCAUGGAAUACUGCUUACAUAGUUUCAAUACUAUCCUUGCGUCUUGUAGCAAAACAUUAGUGAGCACCUUGGAAAAAACCAUCUACCUGAAAUGACAAAUCUGCCAUCCUGAACUGCCUCCAAUUUCUGCUUCAUCAGCCUUUUUUUACAACUCUGUGUACCUGCUUUAUACCUCUCACUUUUACUAUUGUAUCUCUUGUUUAUGACCUUUAUACUGUCUCAUUUUUUUAGACCCUGUUCUAAAAACUUUGCUCUAUCCAUGGUCUUCAGAACUACGUUCAUAGUGAACAGUCUCCCCACUCCCCAUGUCUUCCCAUCAAACAGUUACAGUUCAAACUGAACACGUCAACCAUAUUAAUGCCUCAGUCAUUCUGAGAAUGAAGGCUACAAAGGACCAUGUGACUUGUGUCAUUUCUCCUCCAAGCAAGUCAUAAUCCACCCAAAAGUAGUAAAUGCUACUUUGGUUGAUCAGAUCUGAUAUGAAGUCAUCAAAAUGUUGUUGAACUCAUUAUGACGAUUCCCAUCAACCUGACUUCAGCAUUGAAAUAUAUACUUGAACAUGGUUUGUUUUCACAUUCUUCAUUGUCUUAAAUGAGUGUGUCACUAACAAAAUCCUACCCCUUCCUCUCAACUUAUGUCAAUUUUGUUUUCUACCCUACCACCUAUCUUCUAAUUUAUUUGUUCGCUGGUCUGUUUUCAUCAAAAAGCUUAAGAUCAUCUAAAAUUAACGUGUAUUUGUACUCUGUUUUAUGCUGAGUACAAAUACCUCGCCCCUUCCCUCUCCUUUUUGUGUAUAAACAGGAAAAAAAAAUUCCUUGCCUAAUAAAAAUGUUAAAAAUUUAUACAAAACUUAAUCAACAAUAAUACUACGAAAGAGUUCAUAAAAGAAAACAUAUAUUCAAGCAAUCAUAUUUCAAGAAAGCAUUACAGCAAUCUGUAUUUUCUUGUUGAACAAUGAAAGUAGCAAACAAAUUGUUGAUCAAAGUUCUUUUCUAUAUUAUAACCUUUAUUAACAGUUAUUUCAAAUUAAGCAUUUAAAAACAAAAAAAUUUGGAAUUUUUUUCUCGUUGUAAUAAUCACUUCCUGUGGUAAUGUUUAAUUUUGAUACAGCCAGAUCUCUAUGACAACCAUUUCUAUCAAAUAGGCUAAGACCCUCUGCCUUACUUUUGUUCUUGACAAUCUUGGUUCAGUCUUUGGUUUCUUCUUCAUCUUCACUACUCUCUGCAGUCCCUUUUCUUCAUUUUUUUUUUUUUUUUAAACCAUUGGCUUUUUUUUUUUUUUUUCCCUUUUAGGAAAACCAAAGGGGAAGCUUACUUGGUAUCUCAGGUUGGCUGUGAAAUAAAAACAAAUAAAACUGCUAAAGAGAUGACCAUGUAUUUUUAGAUUUUUGUUAGAAAGUGAGAAUGGUUGUUUGUGUAUGUAUGUGUGUGUGUCUUUCAUGAAACUUCAGAUAUCUAUGACAUGUUAAUAUAUUGAUGUUUAUUAUCAUUACCAAGUAAGCAAAGAAAUUAUUGAAAUUCUGUUGCUUGCAUUGUAAUAUAGUCUGAGACUAUAAACCAUUGCAGCAUUAUUUAUUUCUUAAACAUUUAUUAUUUUUGUUAUUCAAAAAUUUAAAUGUCAGUUAAUGUUUCAUAUUAAUCUGAACUUUUAAAACCCUGUUUACUCCUCCUUUUUUCAUGGAUUGUAAUAAAUCCUUAGUAUUGUUGGUUAUUUAUCAGUAUUGAAACAAGUUGUCUGUUAUUGUUUUAGUUUCUAGUGAAUAUGGUCGCCAACUUUUUUUUUUUUUUUGCCAGAUUAGUAUAAUAAUAAUUCUAUCUCCUGUUACUGUGGUAACUUAAUGUUAUUCACUUUUGUAACCAUUGCUGAAAAUGAAGUUUCCAGUCAACCCUUCAGUUGGUUUCUUAAAUUGUUCUUUUCAUUUAACUAAUAUCGAAUUUGAUAUUGCUUUAUUUUGACAUUUAUAGGAAAAUAUCAUUUGACAUUUUAACUUGAUUUUUAUAGAAAGAAAGAACUAUUUCUUCACUUACUAUAUUUUAAAUUUAGUUCAGUUAUCUUUAAAUUGGAAUUUCUAACCUUCAAAUAUUGUAUAUUAAAUGGACUAUUAGGGAGGGUGGUGGAUUGGCAGAAUUGUUAGAGCAUUAGAAAAAAUACCCUGCAGUUAUUGCUUUGGUUUUUUAUGUUUUAAGUUCAAAUCUCACUGAGGACAACUUUGUGUUCCAUUAUGGAAUUGAUAAAGUUAAAUAGCUGCCAAGGACUGGGCUUGGUAUAAUCAACUGUUCCUUUUUCCCCUGGUCAAAAUACAAUGCUGUAUUUAGUUAACGUUAAAAUUCCACCAAAGUUGAAUUCAUUUUAUAGUUUACCAGAUGCCAAUAAAAUAAUCAGGAAAUCAAUACUAAUCAAUAUAAUCAACUGUUAUCUCCCCAGAUUUAUGUCUGUGUCAGAUCAGUUGAGGCUGUGGCAUAAUUUGAACUUGGAGUGCAGAGAGCUGGAACAGCUACUGCAAAGCAAUCUGAUAAUCUAACAACUGCCAAUUGGUCAUCUAGUGGCGUAAUUAGUAGUGUCAAACUAAAUCAGAUAGUAUAGUGGCAUAAUUAGUAAAGUGUUGGACUAAAUGUUGUGUUAUGUCUACAUUCUCACUUCUUACUGAAGUUGAUUUUUUUUUUACAUUCAUUCUUCCUAGGUCGUUAAGUACCAGUCAAACAUUGGGGUUGAUAUAAUCAGUUACAUUCCUCCCCACAACAUUGUGGCCUUGUACCUAUAAUUAUUAGGGUUUUUUUUUUUUACUCUACUAGUUAAUGAACCAGGUAAAAUUAAUCUUGCAUUCAUCUAUCUGUACACAAUAGAAUUUAAUGAUUUAGAUAGUAGACUAUUAAAGCUUGCCAGCAUAAAAUGUUGUCUAGAUAUUAUGCUUGGCGAAAAGUUUUGAGUUAUUAGUUAAAAAUAUUUUCAUUGUCUAAUUUCAUAAUAUUCUUCAUAACACUCCUUAUAUUGAAGAGCUUUCAACCAUUGAUAAUACAUCCGUGAAUGAAUCAUGGAUAAUCAUUUUUUUUUUUAAACACUUUUCAAAUAAGAUCAAAGUAUAUGGAAUCUCCACUUUGGAGUAUCUUGUUAGCUAAUUCUGAGAUUUUCUACCAUAACAGACACUUGUUGAUCUAAAAUAUUUUGUUUUACACCAUUUUAAAUCAAUAGGAUUUGAAGGAUUUUUAUUUCUUUUUUAGCUGGCUUGCAAACUAAUUUAAAUUAGUUUUAUUUGUACUCAAUCCAUUUAUUCAACAGUCAUUGUUUACAUUAAUAAGUCUUAUGAGUUUAAAAUUAGAUAAUUUAUUUUUUUAUAAUUUUAAAUUAAAAUCCUUGAAUAUUAUUUUUGAUUGAUAUCUUUUAAGUCGAGCAAUAAACCUAUAUCAGAGGCCCUUUGUGAAAAUUAGUUUAAAACAAUAAGUAUUUUUUAAAGAAAAGCAGUAUGUAUACACAUACAUUACAAAUUGACUGAGCUUCAGCUACCUACUUGAAACAGUACAUUAUUGUGUGUAUUUUUGUUUUUCUGUUUGUAUUGGUUUCCAGUUCGUUGGGCCAAUUAAUAUAUGAACAAGUCCAGUUGGUUUGGCUAACUUAGCUAAAUUGUACAAGCAUGAUACAAGUACAUUGUUGUUGUGUAGCUCUGAGUCAGCUCUGGUUGAGCGGACGUUAUUAUUAGUACGAUGUUGAAUCUGUGGGUGACAUUUUCUCCAGGUCCUAUUAAAUAAAUGUUUAAUGUUUGUAUUACAAUUUUUUAAUGCCCAAAUUAACGCACAGACAUGUCUAAAAUGAAAGAAGAUAUAAUGCAAACUGCAAAUUUUCCAGAUCUUCAAAGAAGCUUGUUAUUUUUAGCAUUCUAGAUAUUUGAUAAUUUAUCUAGAAAAGGGGACAUUUUCUUUUCUAUUGCAAAAUUACAACUUUUACUAUUUUCUCAUUUUCUCUUCACUUUUAGAAGAAUGAAAAUGAAGAAAAUGAUUUUUAAAAAAACAGCUUGUAAAAAAUUUUUCACAGGGCUGCAUGUUUUACUAGAAACAUGAAUUUAAUAGAUGCAUGAUUCUUAUUUUUAACCCUCUAAACUAGAGAAGUCCUCUUAUUGACCAGCCAAACCCCUCAAGGCCAAUUUAAUUGGUAGAGCCAAUUUAUAGCAUUUAUUUUGUUAUUUCUCUUUCGUGAUAAAAACAAUUUUGUAUCCAAGUGAUAUGAAACUAUGAUAAUUGUGCUAAAUUUCUAUCGGAUACUGCUUCAGUAAUUAUUCCCUGCAUGGCUAACUGGUUCAUUGUACAUUCACUAGUUUCUCCCUCUGCUGACUAACCCAUCUCCCUCCUUUUUGGUGGCUGUCCCUACGCACAAUGCUUUAUUGGUGACUUAAAAAUGUAGACUAAUUAAAACAACGAUGAUACUGUUUACUCUGAUAAUGACAUCAAUGAUUGAAGAUAAGCAGAUUUUUUAUUUAUGCCAAAGGAGAGACUUUUUAAGCAUUCUAUAUAUGUAAUCUAGUCACUCAUGUUACCUCAAUUUGCAUAUCUGCUAAUUUCUUAGAAUUUUUGGAAUGUGUACUAUUAGGUCUGCAGGCAGUUUUGUCAUCAUUGUUACUGGUUAACGAUGUCCAUAAUUUUUUUUUUUUUAAUUUAGUUGUAACUGUCUUCAUAGUCCUCAUUGUAUUUUCUUUAUUCAGAUGACUGAAAAAUUAUUAAAUACGUUGUUCACGCAUGCUAUGAAGGCUAUUUAAAAGAAAAUGGUGUGAAAAUCUUGUGUGCAUGUUUAUAUAAUCCUCCACCUUCAUUGCAUAUAUCUUUACUGCAAUUAUUGACUUCCAAAGCAGGAUAUUAAUGGUGUCAAUCAUGCUGGUCUAGGAGGGUCUGCAAAGCCAUAGGUACUGUCUCCUACUUCAGGCCCAGUGAGUAAUAUAUAUAGCAUGUAUAUACACCAUUGAAAUAAAGAUUAGUUUUAUGUUAAACUUAAUCUUGAAAUUGUUAAUGUUAAUAUGAUGGUCAUUACUACAGGAACUGCAUUAUAUUUGUUAAUAUCGUUGUGAAUUUCUCAGGUUUGUUUUUGUUAUUCUCUAAAGUUUCUCAGUGAAUUAACAUUAAUAAUGUAAAUAUUCAACAACAAAAAUAUAAGUAGGGCACAACUUCUGAAAUUGUAUGCACUCCAUUUUGUACUUCUUCAUUGAAGGCUUGAAAUUGUUUUCUGGGUGCAUAUAAACAUUUGUUUUCAUCUCC